CACUGGGCUUGUAUCCUCCUGCAGAGCUCAGCUGAGGUGUCGACAGCAGAGCUGAACUUAAUAAUAUGUCAUUCGCAGAGUGAGACGGUGGUGCAGUACCAGCAGGACUUGCCUAGAAGAGGAGAAGAGAAGAGGAUAAGAGGAAAACCGACUAUAAUCAACUCUACCUUUUAUCCACAGCUAAUAGUGCAUACAGUGUGUGUGCACCAGUCACUCUGCAACCCACCAAGGUUCCAUGCGAGUGCACACGCAUCUGCGUACAUGCCUGUGAGUGUGUAUAUGUGCCAUCACCAUGAAGCACCAGUCUAUCUCCCGAUGGCUGAGCCAGCUGGGACUGCCGCAGUACUGUGCAGCACUGGAGCAGGAGUACGAUGGUGUCGAGGACCUGCUCCACCUCUCAGAGUAUGACCUUCUAGACCUUGGAGUGCACAAUCACCUUCACCGCCUGCACCUCCUCACUUCUCUACGCCUCCUCCAGGAGCGGGAGAGGAGGAGAGAGUGGAGGAUGAUGGCAGAGGGGCGUUUUGCGAGUCUGCCCAGGUCCCUCCAUGCACAUCACAGCCUGGAAGGAGUCACUAGCCACACUGGAGUCCCCUCCCCGUCCCUUGGCGUUCCCAGCGGCAGCACCUACACCUCCAGGAGGCUCCAGGCUUCCCUCGCCACCUCCAUGGACCUCCACAGCUCCAGAACUGGUGUCCCUCCAGGACAGAGCAGCGGCGUCCCCGAGCUGUCCACCACGUCCUACCAUCAGAUCUCCAUUCACGGGACGAUGCCUCGACGCAAGAGGGGAGGCACCAAUCUCACUCAGGGACUGAACUACACCUGGGACCCCAGAGCCAAUCAGACGCAUCCAUCGUUGUGUGGAAAAAAGGAGCGAGCUCCUGGUCACAUCCAUCAACCUUUGACCUCUCCACUGGUCCAAAAUAUCAUCGAUGACUUCCAAGGUUUCAGCAGAGAGCCUGCCGCCGGCCUGGACGCCACCGUGGACUAUGUGAAGUUCUCCAGGGAUCACUUCAUCCUGGACUGUCCCUCCGAGAAACUUCGCAAAGAGCUGGAGGAGGAGCUGAAGAUGAACUGUGAGGAGCCCAGGAGCCAUGCGUGGUACCACGGAGCCAUUCCCAGACAGGUUGCAGAAAACCUGGUGCAGCGCGACGGAGACUUCUUAAUCCGUGACUCACUGUCCAUCCCGGGGAGUUACGUCCUGACCUGCCAGUGGCGAAACGCAGCCCAGCACUUUAAAAUCAACAAGAAGGUGGUGAUGCUGAAUGAAGCUUACUCCAGAGUGGAGUAUCGUCUGGAACGAGAGGGCUUCGACAGCGUCCCGGCACUUAUCAGAUACUACGUCGGCAACAGAAAACCUGUCUCACAGGUGGUGGGAGCCAUUAUCUUCCAGCCAAUCAACAGAAGCCUUCCGCUGCGCUGCUUGGAGGAGAAAUACGGAUUAUCCGGCACUCACCGGGAGGCACUGAUGGCGCAGGAGAGACGCAGUCAGAAGCGCCUCAGCCUCAACAUCACCAACGGACACGCGCACGACAACGCGCACGACGGCACGCACUGCCACGACAACUGCAUGAGCCGGAGCAGCCAGCUCAGGUUAAAGGAUCGAUGUGGCAGCCAACCAGCAAGUCUCAAUCAGGUCCAGGAGAGACGACGCCCACUCAAGGCGCACCAAUCAGAGAGCUUCUUACCUCUCGGAUCCAAACCCCAGGCCCAGCAGUCUCCCGACCCGCUUCUCCCCAGCCCCAACCCCAAGUCUCCAGUGUUUCGGACGGGCAGUGAGCCGGUCCUGAGUCCCUCUGUCCCUCGGAGAUCAGCAGAGAUUCUCGCCGGUCAAGCGAUCCGAGGCUCCGACAGCCAGCUGUGCCCGAAACCACCACCCAAACCCAGCAAGGUGCCGCUGUCUCGACUGCCUCACUCUGCGUGUUUUCGGCCCCUGGUUCCUUCCUCCAUCAUCUCCUCUACCUCCACCUCCUCCUCCAACCACACACACGCGUCCUCCAGCGUCGCUGCGCCUUCCCUGGACUCACUCACAUGUGGGGAAACGCCUUCAGGGAGAAGGAGUGGAGGUCCUCCCGUUCCUCCACUGAAGCCCCUGAAGUUUCACCAUCAGCUCGCGCCCGCAGACUCCCACUCCUCUGUGUUGUCGCCUCCUGAUCUGGCUCUGUAUCCCGACUCAGUGACACUAACGGGACGGACUGAGCGGCUGCAGCCGAGCCCUGCGGACCUGAGGUCCUGCAGCCCGCGGGAGUGGGAGGAGCCGAGCUCGCCCAACUCCGUCACGGACAACGAGCAUCAGCCACCGCUCUGCAGCUACGUGGAGCGGCUGAAAAGAGAAGGGGAGGGAGGGAGAAAGGUGAACGGAGGAGGGGAGGUGGAGGCGAGAGGACGGAGAGGGCUGGACAGAAGCUCCUACCAUCAUGCCAUCGCAGCCUUAGAGAACACCAGCGAGGAAGAGGAGGAGGAGGAGGAUGCAAGGAGGGCGAGGGAGGAGGAGGAGGAGGCCGGGGACAAAGACAGGAGCAGUUUCCAGCGGCCGGUGGUGGAGACAGAGUCGGUGUUCAGACCGGCAGAGUUCGGAUCUCGACUCCUACCUCCUGAAAACAAACCACUGGAGAUGGUGGUGCUGAAGAGAGCGAAGGAGCUGGUGCUCAGUCACAAUCACCACAGCAUCGCCAAACACCUGCUGAUCGCUGACUGCCAGGUUGCGAGGAUACUGGGCGUGACUGCGGACCUCAAAGGUCAGAUGGGCGUGGCCUCCGGCCUGGAGCUGGUGACGCUGCCGCACGGUCGGCAGCUGAGGCUGGACCUCAUGGAAAGACACCACACCAUGGCGAUAGGCGUUGCCGUGGAUAUUCUGGGAUGCACUGGCAGCGUGGACGAGCGGGCGUCCACGUUAAAUCGCAUCAUCCUGGUGGCGGUGGAGCUGAAGGACACGGUGGGCGACCUGUUCGCUUUCACCGCCCUGAUGAAAGCGCUGGACAUGCAGCAGAUCAGCCGUUUGGAAGAAACAUGGACGACUCUGCGAAGGAACUACACACAGACGGCCAUCAGCUACGAGAAAAUACUCAAACCUUUCUACAAGAAUCUCUACGAGGGCACAGCCUCGUCUCCUGCGGUGGUGUGUGUCCCACUCCUGCUGCCGCUCCUCACUCUGAUGGAGCGUCCGUCAAUCACGUCUGAAGGGGCGGAGCUCUGGGAGACCAGCGACCAGGGCUGCGACAUCAUGCUGCGCCACCUGGAGUCUGCGCGGGACGUCGCACACAACACUCAGAGCUACACUGCCAAUGCACAGAAGAUCUUACAAGGGUUUCAGGUGGACGACGACCUGCUGGAGGUGUUUAAAACCGACUUUCAGCUGCGGCUGCUGUGGGGAAGCCGCGGGGCGUCUGUCAACCAGUCGGAUCGCUACAACAAGUUCAACCUCAUCCUCACCGCGCUGUCACGGAAACUGGAGCCGCCGCCCAAAACGCAGACCUUAAUCUGACUUAAUCCGGGCAGCGGCGCGACGGCGACUCACUGUGGACUCAGUAAAACUGAGUUAAAACGACAGGAGGAGGUUGAGGAGGAAAAGUGACGUACAGUACACAGUACACACGUCUAUGAACUCAACUCAGACUUUUUCAAAUGCACCAUUCCACCUGUGGGACACUGUAGCCAUCACAAAAGUACUUUUCACUUUUUUUUUAACAAAACAAAACAAAAACAAAAACAAAAAAAACUGUGAAACACCAUUUACUGUCUGAUUUGACUUGUACAAAGGGUUUAAAGAUUCUCAUUUCGCUGCAAACAGCCGUCGACACAGAUGAGAUUAAGUGUGUCUCACACUAAAGGUACGUUUUUCUUGAAAGGCCCAGUGUGUAACAUUUAGCACGGGGUUAUUGGCAGAAGUUGAAUAUUAUACUGUGUAUAUGUAUAUUUAUUGAAGUGUAUUUGGCUUUACGGCCUCAGCCUGUAAGGAGAGGCCACCGUUUCCUCGACACGCAUGGGAAAGGGAGGCGUCAUCAUGUUUUGGCGUGUUUCUACUGACUCGACUCGCCACGGCACGGUUAAGUAGCGUCUCCACUAGCAUAGUACCUUAACAAUCCUAAAAAAACGUGGGUUAAUCUCCAACAAUUACCAGUGAAAUGUCUAAAAUCUCAAUAUUUAACAGAGGAGUCUGGUGUAUUUAGACGGCAGCGACGUCUGUGCUCCGGUCAUGGAGGAAGUACUGAACAAAUAGUUUUAAUUAACUGAUUCUAAUGAUUCAGUGACACUGAAAUCAACUGCUUUACAAGUCGCGCGUCACUCGUUUGUGGAAAACCAACCUAAACCUUGCUGUGCCAAGGUGAGUCGAGGCGAGCUGGGACCACAUUGGAAAAGGGCCAUUCUCAUUAUUAGAUGUCACUCAUUCUUACACAGCGGGUCUUAAAUGCAACUAGAACAACAUUAAAUGCAAUAUUGUACUUCACAUAAAUAUUACACACUGGAUCUUUAAGGAGAGUUGAAUGUAUGAACAAGGGUUUAUUUGAAAAUCUUAAAUUUUCAAAGAAUUAUUCUGUGUUUUUUUAAAAGAAAAUGCAAAGUCACGGUUCAAAUUAAGAGCCGGGCAGACGAGAGACGGAGAGAUUAUGUCGAUUUUUCUCCGACACUGCACUUAAUUCAUAAUUCCCCUUCUUAGUCGAGAGAAGAAAGGGAGAAGCAGCAAACAUUUGAGAUAUACUGUACAUUAAGAAUCAUAAAAAAAUAUGUGACUGAGGAAAACAUCCAAGUCUUUACACAUGAAACUGUGAGGAAAGACAGAAAAGAUGGAAACCAUUAACACUGAUAACCACAUGUGAACAUUAGUCAAAUCUUGCCACAUUUACACAGGAGCUGCAAAAAUAUUUAAAUAUCGUAACCUUGUGUUUUCCCCCCCUGUGAUCUGGCUUUGUACAGACACACACACAUGGUUGUUAAAAAUAAAAAAUAAAAGGUUUUUUAAGUAUGUUGACAUGUAAGAGACUAAAAAGCUGUACAUAUUUUAAAGUGUUAGCAUGUUAAUAACAGACUGUACAUAUUUUUUCUCUGUAAACCGUAAAGAAAAAAAAGUCAAUAAAGUCUAAAGUUUAUAUGAUGAACGCUGGCGGUAUGAUUUAAUAAAAUAUGAAGACGUAUGAUCAA